AAAAUUAUGCAGAUUAUUAGAGAGUGAACCACAGAGGACUUAGGGUUUCUGGUUCUCAAUCUCAUCAAUGGUGGAACUGAUGGUUCUCGACGCUGAUAAUCCUGUUGUCGAAGGGAUUCCUAAUAAUAAUGCAAAAGGAGAGAAAAUGAUUCUGCAGCCUUCCAUAAGCAGUGCACAAAGGAGGAAACUCGCGGAUAUUAGUAAUUUUCAGGAUCAGGCAGCAAAGCAGCAGCAAAAAAAUGUAGUUCUCUCAUCCAAGGAGUACACCCAAAGACUUCAAAAGGAAAACAUGACACUGAUGAAAGUCCUCACAGAGAGAAAUAAAAUCAUAGAGUUGAGUGGGAUUGAGUUGCAGAAACUCAGAAUCAACUUACAGAAGAUGCAGGAACAAAAUGUUCAGCUUGCGCAGGCAAACAGUCAGAUGUUGGCGGAGCUCAAUACGAACAGAGAUAGACUGAAGGCACUUCAUCACGAGCUUGGUUGCAAGAAUGGGAUACUCAAAGCAAGAAAAAUGCAGCCUGAGGGGCAAACAAUUCCAACUACACAUCAAGCAUCCCAAAACAAGGUUGGAGCAAAUAUUCUUGGUGGAGCUUGUGAAUCCUUUCAGGCAGAUGACUUAGAUCACAAGAAUACCAAGAGAAAGCGACAAUCGAAGAUUAAAUCUUCAGGAAGCUCUGUCGUCAAGUCAGUGCACGCGAAUGAGAAAGCUAGCAAUAAAAGGAGAGUUUCUGGAAGAAAAAACGUGACAAAUGCUGGAGUAAUAGAUAAUACUGGCAACUCUGAAGACAGCAUCAAUAACAAGGAGCUUGUCCUUGAUGAGGCAAACCCAGUUAAGGAAAAUGUCCAUGACAAAAGGCAUUGUGUGCGGAGGCAGUCUGCUCGCUUUGUUUGCCAUGAAGCUGAACAAGCUGAAAACUUGCAUGUCAUGGGCGAUGCUAAAGUGAUGGAGGACGAUACAAGGUCCUCGUUGAGAAGACAAUCGGCUGGGUUAAAAUCCCAACAACCUGAAUUAUCUGAAAACUUGCAUCAGACACAUGAAUUCAAAGAGAGAACCAAAACCAGGAGGGCCUCUGUUAGAAGGCAGUCCAUGAGGAUAAAUUUCCAAGAACCUGAACCGAACGGUGAAGUGAACGAUGGAACUGAUGCUGAAGAGUCAACAGGCGAUGCAGGAUGUUCUGCAAGAAGAGAAGAUGUUGUGUCUAAAUCUGAAGCAGUGCAACCAUCUGAAAACUUGAAUGAAAAACGUGACACGAAGGAGACAACAAGGAAACACAGGACCUCCACAAGAAGUAGACUGUCUAAUCCUCAAGUAGCUGAAGCAGCCGAUGGGAUCAUAUCUAAAGACCCUUACUUAAGUCGUGAAAAAGACGUGAAGGAGCCUAAUCCACCGCAGUCAUCGUAUUCUGGAAAGGCGGGCAAUGAUGAUAAAGAACCAAAGAACGUGCCUGGAGAUGAUGAAACCGAGGGGACGAGAAGAAUAUCAGUCGGGAGACCCUCGAGACUAGCGUCUGCUAAAAUCCAAUCGUACAAAGAAGUGUCGCUUAAAGUGAAGAUGCGACGGCCCGGGUAAGCAAAUGAAUGUCUUCUGCGUCGGUUUUUGAUAUGUAGAAGCAGUAGGAGAAGUGCAGAGGCAGAAGCUAGUCAUUAGAGGAAUGAUUCUCUCUCUGUUUCUUCUUCUGCAAUUUCAUUUGUCUUUAGCAUUGCUAAAUCACAAUGUAUUUUGGCUGUGAUGUUUAUGUCUGAGUUUGUAGUGACCGUACAAGUGAAUGUGCCCUUUGGUCUCUUUGUUUUGUACUUGUAUCUACAGUUUGGCUUUAAUGCAUGUUCCGUUCAUUCU